CCAAGACUUUAAUAUUUAAAAUUAAAGAAGUUUCCUUCUUUUGUGCAUGCAUGGUUUUUUUUUUUUGCUGUCUACCAUUCACACAUAUCUCCUUUGAAACUUUGCAUCUAUUUCUCUAACAGUUUUUUUCUUCUCCCUACUAGGCAAACAUUUUGUUUUGCUGCUGUUCUAAUGCUGCCAUAGCCAAAGUGACUGCCUUUCAUGACUUCUGUUUCUUAACUAUUAUUGUUACAUUUUUUGGCAGUCUUAAAAAAAUUUCUGGAAAUUUAAUUGUGAUCGCAGACUGCCUUGCACUCCAGAAAUUGCUGCUUCUUUGCUUGAGGACAUACUAAAGUGUUUGAAAACUAGGAAGAGCUCAAACGAGAUACACAUUGAUUCUGUUGCUGAUCUCAGUUACACUUGUUUCAGUGUAAUUUCCUUUGUGUUACUGAAGAUUAUUCCUGUGUAAGUGAGAUCAGAAUCAGACCAUGAUGUUUUGGUAUGAUUACAGCAAAGUAACAGCAUUUGAUUACUGUUUUGCAUAUUAAUAUGAGUGAAUGAUUUAAAAUAUCUUUUUUCUGUUUCUGCAUAUAAUGUCAUUUUGUUAGUGAUGGGCAAAAUCUAAACCCCAUAGAUCCAAAUAUCCUCAAACUUUCAGGAAGUUCACAUCUAAACUUUCUGUCUGAGAGGGAGCUAUCAACUAACUGUAGAUUUGGCAAAAUGCAGGUGUUUUUUUUAUAAUUUUGAUGGAUAAUAUUGAUUUUCAUUUUUAAAUUUUAUCAAUUUAAAUUUUCACAGUUGUGGGAAAUUGGGGGUGGGGAGACAGUAAUUACUGAAUGACAGCAGACAUUCAGGUUUCAGAAUAGCAGCCGUGUUAGUCUGUAUUCACAAAAAGGAAAGGAGUACUUUUCAUUGGAUGCUGUAGCUCACGAAAGCUUAUGCUCAAAUAAAUUUGUUAGUUUCUAAGCUCUGGUCUACACUAGGACUUUAGGUCGAAUUUAGCAGCGUUAAAUCGAUGUAAACCUGCACCCGUCCACACGAUGAAGCCCUUUAUUUCGACUUAAAGGGCUCUUAAAAUCGAUUUCCUUACUCCACCCCUGACAAGUGGAUUAGCGCUUAAAUCGGCCUUGCCGGCUUGAAUUUGGGGUACUGUGGACACAAUUUGACGGUAUUGGCCUCCGGGAGCUAUCCCAGAGUGCUCCAUUGUGACCGCUCCGGACAGCACUCUCAACUCAGAUGCACUGGCCAGGUAGACAGGAAAAGAACGCGAACUUUUUGAAUCUUAUUUCCUGUUUGGCCAGCGUGGCAAGCUGCAGGUGACCAUGCAGAGCUCAUCAGCAGAGGUGACCAUGAUGGAGUCCCAGAAUCGCAAAAGAGCUCCAGCAUGGACCGAACGGGAGGUACGGGAUCUGAUCGCUGUAUGGGGAGAGGAAUCCGUGCUAUCAGAACUCCAUUCCAGUUUUCGAAAUGCCAAAACCUUUGUCAAAAUCUCCCAGGGCAUGAAGGACAGAGGCCAUAACAGGGACCCGAAGCAGUGCCGCGUGAAACUUAAGGAGCUGAGGCAAGCCUACCAGAAAACCAGAGAGGUGAAUGGCCGCUCCGGGUCAGAGCCCCAAACAUGCCGCUUCUAUGAUGAGCUGCAUGCCAUUUUAGGGGGUUCAGCCACCACUACCCCAGCCGUGUUGUUUGACUCCUUCAAUGGAGAUGGAGGCAACACGGAAGCAGGUUUUGGGGACGAAGAAGAAGAUGAUGAUGAUGAGGUUGUAGAUAGCUCACAGCAAGCAAGCGGAGAAACCGGUUUUCCCAACAGCCAGGAACUGUUUCUCACCCUGGACCUGGAGCCAGUACCCCCUGAACCCACCCAAGGCUGCUUCCUGGACCCGGCAGGCAGAGAAGGGACCUCCGCUGCAUGUGUUUCAAUGAUCACAGGAUCUUCUCCUUCCCAGAGGCUAGUGAAGAUUAGAAAGAAAAAAAAACUCACUCGAGAUGAAAUGUUCUCCGAGCUCAUGCUGUCCUCCCACACUGAGAGAUCACAGAUGAAUGUAUGGAGGCAAAUAAUGUCAGAGUGCAGGAAAGCACAAAAUGACCGGGAGGAGAGGUGGCGGGCUGAAGAGAGUAAGUGGCAGGCUGAAGACAGGGCUGAAGCUCAAAUGUGGCGGCAGCGUGAUGAGAGGAGGCAGGAUUCAAUGCUGAGGCUGCUGGCGGACCAAACCAGUAUGCUCCAGUGUAUGGUUGAGCUGCAGCAAAGGCAGCUGGAGGACAGACUGCCACUACAGCCCCUGUGUAACCAACCGCCCUCCUCCCCAAGUUCCAUAGCCUCUACACCCAGACGCCCAAGAAUGUGGUGGGGGGGCCACCGGCCAACCAGCCACUCCACUACAGAGGAUUGCCCCAAAAAAAGAAGGCUGGCAUUCAAUAAAUUUUAAAGUUGUAAACUUUUAAAGUGCUGUGUGGCAUUUUC